AUGAGUUCUACGAGCAAGGCAUGGGCUGUGGCGGCGAGUAUCGGAGUCGUGGAGACAUUGAAAGACCAAUUAGGCGUUUCCCGCUGGAUUUACGUUCUCCGUUCGAUGAAUCAGCAUCUCCGGAAUAACGUCAGACCCAUUUCUCAGACCAAGAGUCUCUCUUCGUCCGCUUCCGCCGCGGUCUCCUCCGGUAGGGCGAAGCAGGCCGAGGAAUCGCUCCGGACGGUCAUGUAUUUGAGUUGUUGGGGUCCCAAUUAG